GGACACUGCUGGCCUCUCUGCUGACCCAGAGACCUUCGCCAAGAACCGUGAGCUGGAGGUGAUCCACUGCAGAUGGGCGAUGCUGGGAGCUCUUGGAUGCGUUUUCCCGGAGCUGUUGUCCCGCAACGGCGUUAAGUUCGGCGAGGCGGUGUGGUUCAAGGCCGGAGCUCAGAUCUUCAGCGAGGGAGGUCUUGACUACUUGGGCAACCCAAGCUUGAUCCACGCACAGAGUAUCUUGGCCAUCUGGGCAUGCCAAGUUGUGUUGAUGGGAGCCGUUGAGGGUUACCGUAUUGCCGGUGGACCCCUCGGCGAGAUCACCGACCCACUCUACCCCGGUGGCAGCUUCGACCCAUUGGGCCUUGCUGACGACCCAGAGGCUUUCGCCGAGCUCAAGGUGAAGGAGAUCAAGAAUGGCAGACUUGCCAUGUUCUCCAUGUUCGGAUUCUUCGUUCAGGCUAUCGUCACCGGAAAGGGCCCAUUGGAGAACCUUGCUGACCACCUUGCCGACCCCGUUAACAACAACGCCUGGGCCUAUGCCACAAACUUUGUUCCCGGAAAGUGAAUAUGAGUAGAGUUAGUGUGUUCUUGUGUGAUGUAAUAAACUGGUUUGAUGUAAUGGAUAAUAUGCGAAUUCUUUUCUGCUGCA